AAACCACUGGUUCUUAUUGUCUGCAUGUAACUUACCUUGUAUAUAAAUAUAUCUAUAUAGUUUUCUUUUGGACUGUGCUUUUUUUUUUUUUACCUUAUCUCACUUAUUAUUUUCUCUGUCUCUCUCAGUGAUGGAGUCAUAUCCUCCAAUCUCUAUAAUUAGUAUCUUUCUUUUCUUUUUAACUUCAAGUUAUUGGAGUCCAUUACCAUGUUCAGUGGUGGCCACUUCCCUAUCAUCAUGUCAUUUCCCAGCAAUCUUUAACUUUGGAGAUUCUAAUUCCGACACCGGUGGUUUGUCUGCUGUUUUUGGUCAGGCUCCUCCUCCUCACGGCGAGUCUUACUUCCACCACCCCGCCGGACGGUACUGUGAUGGCCGCCUCAUUAUUGACUUCAUCGCGGAAAGCCUUGGAUUGCCAUAUCUAAGUGCGUACCUUGAUUCAGUAGGCAGCAACUUCAGACAUGGAGCCAAUUUUGCAACAGCAGGUUCCACCAUUAGACUCCAAAACACAACUUUAACCCAGAGUGGUUUUAGUCCCAUUUCUUUGAAUUUCCAAUGGAAUGAGUUCUAUCAAUUUCACAACAGAUCUCAAAUUUUCCGUCAAAAAGGUGGAAUAUACAAAAAGUUGUUGCCUAAGGCUGGUGAUUUUGCUCGAGCUUUGUACACCUUUGAUAUUGGUCAAAAUGAUCUUACUUCUGGUUAUUUCUUAAACAUGUCUACUACUGAAGUUAGAGCUUAUGUUCCUGAAGUACUCAGCCAGUUCAAAGACAUUGUUUCGUAUGUAUAUGGUCAAGGAGGAAGAAACUUUUGGAUUCACAACACAGGACCUUUUGGUUGUCUUGCUUAUGUAUUGGACAGAAUUCCACUUUUAGCUUCAGAGAUUGACAGAGCUGGUUGCGGGAUUCCAUUGAAUCAGGUAGCAAAAUAUUACAAUCAUGGAUUGAAGAAGGUGGUUACCCAAUUGAGAAAAGAAUUGCCAGAAGCAGCAAUCACAUAUGUUGAUAUUUACUCUCUAAAAUAUAGUCUUUUCAGUCAAGCCAGAAAGUUCGGAUUUAAUGAGUCAUUGAGAGCUUGUUGUGGACAUGGUGGGAAGUAUAACUACAACAAGAAUAUUGGAUGUGGAGGAUAUAUUACAAAAGGUGGAAGACAAGUUUUGGUGGGGAAAGCAUGUGAAGAUCCUUCAGUUUGGAUUAAUUGGGAUGGAGUUCAUUUCACUCAAGCAGCAAACAAAUGGAUGUUUGAAAAUAUUAAAGAUGGUUCAUUUUCAGACCCACCAAUUCCAUUAAACAUGGCUUGCCAUAGGCACCCUCUACAUUGAUAUUUUCAUGUCAUUUUUCAGCUAUUUCUUUUUUUUUUUUUUUUUUUU